CCAUGCCAGGCGUUCAGAGAUGGCAGACGCGCCUUUGGAUGCUUGUAACCAAACUUAUUGAAGCAAGGACUUCAGGAACUGUGCCCAGUCCUGAGCUUCUGAAUAAGAAAGAGAAAGCUGAAGCCAGAAAGAUCUGGGAGCAGAAGAAUCUGGUGAUUUCUGAGGUAACGGAGUACUUCACAAAGGAUCAUUUGUUCAAUGCAGCUAUUUCCCGACUGAUGGGCCUCACUAACACACUCCAUCAAGCUUCUCGGCCUCUCAUUCUCCACAGCACAGAAUUUGAAGAUGCCUUGGCUUCACUCUGCAUCAUGGUCGCACCUAUGGCUCCGCACAUUGCAUCAGAGAUGUGGAAAGGUUUGGCACAUAUGCAGAACAAACUUUGUACUCAUCAUCACUGGGAUGCUGAUGUGCUCCAACAGUCCUGGCCCAGCGUAGACCCAGAGUACCUUCAGCCACCAGACGUUGUGGAGAUGGCUGUUCUGAUCAAUAACAAAGCCUGUGGCAAAGUUUUUGUGCCUCAGCAAGCAGCCCGCAAUUUUGAAGAAGUCCACGAGCUGGUUCUCCAAAGUGAACUUGGAGCCAAGCAUCUCCAGGGACGACCCAUUAAAAAGGCCUUUCUGUCUCCCAGAACUGCCCUUAUCAACUUCUUAGUGCAAGAGUAGCAAAGGCUCUGCUGGGCUGUAAAAGGGAAUUGGAAUCUUUCACGAUGAAACCAAUCUAAAAAAUGCCGGUUAUGGUUAUUUAAAUUUCACGUAACGGUGGAGAAGAAGUGUUACUGAAAUCGGGUUGCUGCUACAUCUUCAUUUCAGCCUGGAGAAAUGAGCAGAAUUAAAAUUUCUUAUUGAGUCACGG